CUAUGAUGGACGUUAAAGGGGAAAAAAAAUUCACAGGCAAAGGUGCAAAGACGUCACAAGAAAAAAACAGAUUUCAUAAAAGCAAUGAUUCUGGUUCGUCGAAGACGUUUCCAAGGAAAGUUGGCAAGGAAGGUGGACCUAAAAUCACAUCUAAGAACUUUGAGAAAUGUGCCACAAAACCUGGGAAAAAAGGUGUAAAGCAGUUCAAAAAUAAGCAGCAAGGGGAUAAAAUACCAAAGAACAAAUUCCAGCAGGCAAAUAAAUUCAACAGGAAGAGAAAAUUCCAGGCGGACGGUAAAAGUGGUGAAUCAGCAGCCAAGAAACCUAAAUGGGAUGACUUCAAAAAGAAGAAAAAAGAACUAAAGCAAAGCAGGCAACUAAGUGACAAAGCCAACUACGACGUUGUUGUUCGGGCGAAGCAGAUUUGGGAGAUCUUACGAAGAAAAGACUGUGACAAAGAAAAGAGAGUGAAAUUAAUGAGUGAUUUGCAGAAGUUGAUUCAAGGAAAAAUUAAAACUAUUGCAUUUGCCCAUGAUUCCACUCGUGUGAUCCAGUGUUACAUUCAGUAUGGUAAUGAAGAGCAGCGAAAACAGGCUUUUGAAGAACUGCGAGAUGAUUUGGUCCAAUUAAGUAAAGCUAAAUAUUCCAGAAAUAUUGUGAAGAAAUUCCUCAUGUAUGGGAGUAAGCCACAGAUUGCAGAGAUAAUGGGAAGUUUUAAAGGCCACGUGAGGAAGAUGCUACGGCAUGCAGAAGCGUCCGCCAUCGUGGAGUACGCGUACAAUGACAAAGCCAUCCUGGAGCAGAGGAACAUGCUGACGGAGGAGCUCUACGGGAACACAUUUCAGCUUUACAAGUCAGCAGAUCGCCCAACCCUGGACAAAGUAUUAGAGGCUCAGCCAGAAAAGCUAGAGCUUAUCAUGGAUGAAAUGAAGCAGAUUCUAACUCCAAUGGCCCAAAAGGAGGCUGUGAUUAAGCACUCAUUGGUGCACAAAGUAUUCUUGGACUUUUUCACCUAUGCACCCCCAAAGCUAAGAUCAGAGACGGUCGAGGCCAUCCGCGACGCCGUGAUCUACCUGGCGCACACGCGCGACGGCGCCAGGGUGGCCAUGCACUGCCUGUGGCAUGGCACCCCCAAGGACAGGAAAGUGAUUGUGAAAACAAUGAAGACUUACAUUGAAAAGGUGGCUAAUUUCCAGUUCUCCUGUGUUCAUCCAGAGAUAUUUUGUGUUUGGGCAUGUUUCUGCGUGUGGAACUUAAAAAAAAUCAGAGACCAGUGGUUCUGUACUGUGUGCACAUUGUUCUCUACUUCGUUUCCUUCACUCAGUCUGCCUCAGGGGGCCAGUACUCCCAUUUGGUCUUACUGGCGGCAUUUGAUUGUAUUGAUGAUACUAAGCUUGUGAAGCAGAUAAUCAUAUCAGUGAGUAAUUCUUAUGGUCUU